AUGCACGCGCCCCAGCGCCAGCCCCUCUGUGGAGCCCCUUUGGUCGGGCCUCUUCUCCCCAAUCCCACCAAGGCCUCCCUUUUGGAGGUGCCCGCCAGCGAGGCCCCGAGGCUGCAGAAACGCAGGCGAUGGUGCCCCGUGGACGUGUGGAGAGGCACCGAAGGGUCCAAGUCCUAUGAACACUCAGAGACCCCGCAGUCCGGUUUCUCUGGGAGCGCAGUGUUGAGAGGUGCCGUCUUCCAGGUGGGGGCGCACCAAGGGGAUGGGAAGUGGAAUCUGCCCUCGGCAGGAGUGGACACCGCGGCCGGCCAGGGCUGGGGCGGGGCGGGGGCGGCGUGA